AUCCGCGUGCCGCAGCCCGCGCCGCCCGACCCGGCCACGCGCCUCCGCCGCCCCGCGCCGCCGCGCUCGCUGGCUGGCCCGGUGCUGGCGUCCGGCUCCCGCCGCGAGAGAGGACAGUCCGGACAGUCAGUGCUGCCACCACCACUGCAGCCCGGGCCCGGGUCCCUGCCCCGCCCCGGGCCCCGGCCCCGGCCCCGGCCCCCCGCCCGCGCGGGCGAUGAAGUGUCACUACGAGGCGCUGGGGGUGCGGCGCGACGCCAGCGAGGAGGAGCUCAGGAAGGCCUAUCGGAAGCUGGCCCUGAAAUGGCACCCGGAUAAAAAUCUGGAUAACGCCGCAGAAGCAGCUGAACAAUUUAAAUUAAUCCAAGCAGCAUAUGACGUGUUGAGUGACCCUCAGGAAAGAGCAUGGUAUGAUAAUCAUAGAGAGGCUCUGCUCAAAGGUGGGCUUGAUGGGGAAUAUCAAGAUGACAGCUUAGACUUGCUUCACUUCUUCACCGUCACCUGCUACUCUGGCUAUGGAGAUGAUGAGAAGGGCUUUUACGCGGUGUAUCGGAAUGUGUUUGAAAUGAUUGCGAAGGAAGAGCUGGAAUCCGUGCUGGAGGAGGAUGCGGAGGACUUCCCGACCUUCGGGGACUCCCAGAGCGACUAUGACACGGUAGUCCACCCUUUCUACGCCUACUGGCAGAGCUUCUGCACGCAGAAGAACUUCGCUUGGAAAGAGGAAUAUGAUACCCGACAGGCUUCCAACCGCUGGGAGAAACGCGCCAUGGAGAAAGAAAACAAGAAGACUCGCGAUAAGGCGAGGAAGGAGAAGAAUGAGCUUGUCCGCCAGCUGGUGGCUUUCAUUCGGAAGAGAGACAAGAGGGUGCAGGCGCAUCGCCGGCUGGUGGAGGAGCAGAACGCCGAGAAGGCCCGCAAAGCUGAGGAGAUGCGGCGGCAGCAGAAGCUGAAGCAGGCCAAACUGGCCGAGCAGUACAAGGAGCAGAGCUGGAUGGCACUGGCCGACCUGGAGAAGGAGCUCCGGGAGAUGGAGGCGCGGUACGAGAAGGAGUUCGGAGACGGCUCCGAGGAAGACGAAGGGGAGGAGCACGAGCCCAGAGACGGACAGGAUGGGAAGGACAGCGACGAGGCCGAUGGCGUGGAGCUUUAUGAGGGACUGUACUGCCCAGCGUGUGACAAAUCUUUCAAGACGGAAAAGGCCAUGCGGAAUCACGAAAAAUCCAAGAGGCACCGGGAAAUGGUGGCCUUGCUGAAACAACAGCUGGAGAAGGAGGAAGAAAGUUUUUCAGGAUCUCAGACGGAUGAAAAUCUGCUGAAUGCCAAUUCUGAGGAAGAAGUGGAGGAUGCACCCAAACAAAGGCUUUCUAAAAAACAGAAGAAAAAGAAACAGAAACCAGCACAGAAUUAUGAUGAUAAUUGCAAUGAAAAUGGAAUAGGAGAAGGAGUGAAAGUUGAUCCAGAAGAUACCAACUUAAAUCAAGACAGUGCCAAAGAAUUAGAAGGUGGUCCCCAAGAGAGUGUCAGGGUCCCAGAGGCUGGUCAGUUGUGUGAGGACCCGAAAAGUGAAGCGAGAAGUGUUCCGACACCCAGAGGAAAGAAAGCCAAAGAUCCGAAGAAAUCUGUCAGAGUGCCUGGGCCGCAGACCCUGAGUGACGUUCUGAUCAGCUGUACCACCUGCCACAGCGAGUUUCCAUCCCGGAAUAAACUGUUUGACCAUCUAAAGGCCACGGGGCAUGCAAGAGCGCCCUCGUCGUCUUCUUUAAAUGGUGUAACAAGUAGUCGAAGCAAGAAAGACAAACGCAAAAACAGAUAGGCAUUCUGCCAACGCCUUUUCUUUCUGAUUGUCUCUAGAUUUUGAAACCAAAAACUGAACUGAAAUCAUCUAAAGAGUUAAAGUCUCAGUGAUCUGCGAUUUAUUGCAUGUGGAAGAUUAUUUUUUAUCUUGUAAAAACAUUUUUCUGUUUAAUAUAUAUAUUUUUAAACAUUUCAUUAGUGAUUGAAUUCUACUUUGCCAUCUGAACGGACUUGAAUAUCUCAAAACAGGUAAAUAUUGUAAAGUGCGUAUUCUUGGUUUCUUCUGGCUCAUGCGGACAGAAUGUACAGGGAGAAUUAAAUUAUUUUAACACAUACAAA